GGNGGGGGGGGGGGAUGGCGACUCAAAGGGAUGUAAAAAUACUUAAGCAGUUUUGACAAAGUGUUUGAAAGGAGAAAACAAACCAACAAAUAAUUAUGUUUGGUGACAUAAUCAGUGUUUCUGUCGUCAUCAUGCUACAUUGACUGACAAAUUGUAAAAAAACCCAACUGGAGAGGUUUCCUCCACGAUCCCCACCCUCCUAAACUCGAGCUUCGGGAUUUGCAACAUCUCUGCAUCCUAGUCGAAUUAGAAAGAUCGAUUGCUCGCCUUGGCGGUCGUCAGGAGUUCGCGUUCUCUUCACUUUUUGCUUCUCCCAGUAGGCGGUCUUUGUUCACACCUUCACUUCAGAGCGAGAUGUGGGCUUUGGCUUUUCUGUUGCUAUUUGUGGUGCAGAGUGGAUGGGCCACCCAGUGUGACGUGAAUGUAGGUCCACCGGGGCCUACUGCGUGCAUUCAACUAGAGCGAUACAAUAACCAAUAUCAGUGGGCAACCUGCCUGUCAAAUGCCUACAUCCAGCAAAAAAGUGGCCACAAACACAUCUGUACGGAUCGCUAUGCAACUUAUUGCUGGUACCAGUGCAUGAUAGAGGUACAUGACAAAAACUAUGGCUCAGUGACAGACGAUUGCUCCUGUCAACCUGGCAGUCCAACUUCUAAUCCAUACACUGGCAUCCCAACUACAUCCAUACCUCCGGAGUGUUACAGCCCAGCUGGAGAUUCCUGUGAUUGGUAUCGCAACUGCUUGGAAAAGAAGUACCCUUGCGAAGCUUCAAGCAAUGCUUACGCAAUAACUUACGCUGAGAAGUUUUGCAGGUUGUUUGAAGAACGAAAGGCCAAGUUCAGCGCAGAAGGGCAAACAUGGAUGGAUGGUGUCCGUAAGUGUCUACAGGUUGCUCUUGUACCUCUGCUGCGCCCCUGGGCCAAUCCAACAUGUAAAAAGAUACGAGAGAGAGAGCAUUUGUUUCUCACACUCCAUGCUACUUAAAACCUGACAAGAACGCGCCGUCAAUUUGUGAUCUCGAUUAUGUUCAAUACGUCAAGAUAUUCUGGACCAUUAAGAGCUCUUUCAUCAAGCUCGAUACAGCAUGGGAAUCCCUAAAAGGAAUGUGGAACAUACCAACCAAAUGUAUCUCGUCUAAGAUCAAGCAGACUUUCGAAUCAGCCAAACAAACAUUAAAGGAUGUGAUCAAAUUCUUCAAGAUAAAAGUCCAGAAGUUCAAGAAAAGAAAACGGCGUUCCACUAAUUCUCUUCCAGAGGCCGAUCUCCAAAGUCGGUUUGCAGAUGAAGUGGGUUCAAACAUUGCAAGUACCUUGAAGUGGAAUACGAACGUGAUGGACUGGCUUGCCUACACUGAUGCUGUGGUUGAUCUUGAUAACCUGGACAUCUCCAUAGUCUUGGCCGACAAAAAAGCUCUGGGUAUAGUUACCACGUCUGCUCCAUCUGUUGACUUCAACCAGACCAUCCAAGAGUUUGCAUCAGCCGUGAAAAAUGGAACUCUUCCCUUGCAGGUGGACGGACAGAAAGUUUGGGUUAAGUCUUUGUCUUCGUGCUCAGAUAAAUCAUGCAACAGAACCCAGACACUGGCAGUUUCAGAUAAGCCUCCAUGGAGUGGUGCAACCGGGAUCUCGCACGGUAACGUUAGCUUGUGUGGAGCCAUUGCCUUGUUGAUCAUGCUCACGAACAAACUCUUAUUCUAAGAAGGAGUCAUGAUGUUCUGAACAAACUGGUGAUUUCUGCUGUAAGUGUGAGAAAUAUAUUAGCCAAGCCCGGGCGGACAUAAAUAAUGUGUAGCAUUAAUCUUCUCUUUUCAUAAUUUAUUAUGUAAAAGUAUCGCACGUUGCUAGUUGACCUAUCGCACGUUACCCACAAUAACCAAAAAAAAUGCUCACUUAUUUGCGUUUUCUUAUUACACCCGCUUUCAGUGUUACGUGCACAGGCGACAUCUUUCGACCAUCUUUCGACAUGCCAUCUUUCGAUAUGCUAUGAAAGACCGUUAAACUGUGAACUGGUAGUUUUUCCGGUUAGCGGAGGAAAUGACAAGUCAAUGAUAAUUACCCACCUCAAAUGGCUGACGAAGAUUUUGGACUUUGCAUGCUUUCGUAUUUACGGGAUGAUUAGAGCGAUUUAGCGUAGUCGAUCGGUUCUCAAUAGUGACUUCCGGUAGAAUUGGGCCGCUGCCGCUUUUAAUAUUUGCAACGUGUAAACAUUCAAGACAGUCGACUUAUUUCAGCCAGAAUGACUUCUUGAUACUCCUAAUCUUAAUUUGAUGGCAAAUAAAUAAAUCUUUCAUCAUUACAAUUCGAGUUCGACCGUGAAAAAGUCCGUUGUGCUUACACUUUUUAGUAGGCCAGGUUACAUAGCAGGUCGAAAGAUGGCAUGUCGAAAGAUGUCGCCUAUGCACGUGACACUGAAAGCGGGUGUAACUUAAACCACUAUGCAAACAGUUGUAGAAAAAACACGAAGACAAUGUAAUCGUCUUGUAAUUUGUCUUCCGUGUGUUUUAAACUUGUGAUUAACACUGGCGAAAAUUCAAGAGAAUUCCGAUCAGCAAAAUAUACUUAUUCCCAUGUAUAUUUCGCUCUGUAGAUGAAGAAUUAAAAGUUGUUCGUUUAAAUGUGAGCUAGCAGCUGUAAGGUAUCUUUGAAAUAUUUAGUGAUUUCAGAUUUGAA